CCUGAUUUCCUCAUCACCAGAAGGAACAGCAUCCCAUACAACCCUAAUACACUUACUCUCCUGUUUUCAAAAUGGAAAGAACUCCAUAUCGGUUGCCCUUCCCACACGUAUCAGUAUCUAAAAGAUGUGGAUACAAGCAGCAUGAAGGAAGUUGUCAUGAAGUCAGAUUUAGUUCCAGAUGUUUACGAGGGCGGCUUCGAAGUCUGGGAGUGUACUAUUGACCUGUUGAAUUAUCUUCAUGUUCAUAACGAUGUGGUUAAGUCUAGUUCAUCUGUCCUUGAUUUGGGUUGUGGUUCUGGUUUGUUGGGGAUAUGUGCCAAACAGAUGGUGCCUGAGGGUCGUGUUCAUUUUCAGGAUUACAACAAGGAAGUGAUUAGUAAUUUUACAGUCAAGAACUAUCAUAAGAACUGUGGUGGUCAUCAGAGCCACCAUGUUGAGUUUCUUGCUGGUGAUUGGUCCAGAUUAUCAGGAAAGUUUUCAAAAUAUGACUUGAUAUUAAGUGCUGAGACGAUAUAUUGUAUUAAGUCUCAGGAAAAGGUACUCCGAGUUUUACAGGAUCAUUUGACCGAUGAUGGUGUUGCAUAUUUCGCUUCUAAAAGACACUAUUUUGGGGUAGGCGGUGGACUGAUAGACUUCCAGAACUUGGUCCAAUCUUCAGCUUCAUUGAAAUGUGAGGUGGUCUGGAGUUGUGAGACGGGUUUAUUUAGAGACAUAUUGAAAGUUUCAAGGUGUUAGGUCUGUGUAAUAAUUUAUUAAAUCCCUUAUGCUCUAGAUCGUUAUUAUAUUUAGAUGCUCUCAAAUCAAUCAAUUUAGC